GCUCAAGUUUGUUUAUAAUGGAAUAGUACGCUGCUUUGCAUGCCCGCCCCGAAGCAUGUCGGUUGCUGAUAGAACUUGGAGCAGAUGCCAAUGCCCUUACAUCUUGGCAGGGAAAGUUCGGCGACCAAGAUGCAGCCAUUGGCAGAGGGUGGUACAGAUCCGAUAGUGAGAUAACAGGGGAGCAAGUAAUCCGUGGCUGGCCCGCAUAUUCGACCCCAAUGCAUCUCCUCCUCGCCAUAGGAGCGCCCCUGAUAACCCACGGUCGAGGACUACUUUCACUGGGUCUUUCCGAUGGUGAUGAGAGCAUUAUAGACGAUUUCCAGAAUACGGUAGAAGUACUAGUCAUCUGCGGUAAAUUUGAUCUGUCACAACAAGACCAGUACCACAGGACGUCGUUCCAGGCGUUCACGGGGCCGUCGUCAAUAUUUAGCUGGCUAAGGCAACAAGAACUGGGACCCGGAUAUAGUUUUAAUGCAAAUGAAAUAAUGGAUAUCCUAUGGUGGGCAGCGGAAGAGGAUUGGUUGUACGGAUUUGAAUUGGUUCGUCAGCUCCUACCAGUAGAUUCCAUAACACCCGAACUCUCUCAAGCUCGCUUCCCAACUUGCCUUUGGGAGGAGGGUUUGACAUUAUUUCUGAUGUCAAGUUUCAACCUCGUUCUGUGCUUUAUUCUGGAUAGGGAUGUGGCUACCCUUGAUUACUGGAAGAACCUGACAACAGAGCUGCUUACAGCUGGCGCAGAUCCACAUCCUGUUAUUACAUAUUUUCAGGGUGAACGAUCAUACACUGCUCUCUUGGAUAUCCUUUUGGGCGCUCUAUCUUCGACCUAUGGAGAUCUUUAUUGGCCAAAGCGAGGAAUCGGAAGCUGGCUGGGCGUUCUUCAAAACUCAGGGGUCAAUCUCCAGGAAUAUAUCUCGAUUGAAAAGGAUAUGCAUGAUAAGGGUAUUGGAAUGUGGUUUUUUGAUAUUGACAUUGAGGAUCUGCUUGGCUCUGAAAAUUGGUGCAUGUUCGAGUUGUUGGAUAUGAAAAUAACGGGAAAUGGAGACAGCAUUCAUUUCCUGUUCGAUGACCUCUGGGCAACAACACCACUCGCUGCUGAGUUCUGGGAUUGGAUUGAAGAUGAAGAUGGUCUUAGAGAAGACUUUGAUACUUCCGAGAUACCUGGGAGCUGGACAGACUAGAGAGUCGUGUUUUAAUAAUAUGACCCUGGCUGGGAGGUUUGUCAACGAUGACAAAGUUGAGCAUGAGGUGGCGCCACUCGAUUAUUUCCCUAGAACUAUCGACCUAAAUCACAAGUGCAAUAUAUCACUCUGAG